AUGGAUGUGUGUCUGCGCUCAGGGCAGCAGCCCCAGUCCGUGGACGAGGCACCGAGACCCCCGGAUGAGGAGGGUCUACAGACAGACGGCAGCAGCGGACCCCCGGGAGAUUCUAACAAGAUAGAACCAUCGCUUCAAAGCCUCCAGAAAUUUGUUCCCAUGAAUUACGCCAGCUACACCCAGGAGUACUAUUGGUUUGCAGGCAAGAGGAUUGUCAUUCAAGAAUCGAUCGAGAGUUACGGAGCGGUGGUGUGGCCAGGGGCCAUGGCUUUGUGCCAGUAUUUGGAGGAACACGCAGAGGAACUCGGUCUCCAAGGAGCUAAGAUGCUCGAAAUCGGUGCUGGACCAGGCCUCGUUUCCAUCGUGGCCAGUAUUCUAGGAGCUCAAGUCACAGCAACGGAUUUGCCUGACGUCCUAGGGAACCUUCAAUACAAUCUUUUAAGGAACACACGAAACCAUACAGCACAUCUGCCUGAAGUGAAAGAGCUGGUGUGGGGAGAGGGCCUGGAACAGAACUUCCCCAAGUCCACAUGUUACUAUGAUUACUUGCUGGCUUCUGACGUGGUCUACCACCAUUACUUCCUGGACAAGCUGCUUGCCACCAUGGCGUACCUCUGCCAGCCGGGAACGGUGUUGCUUUGGGCAAACAAGUUCAGAUUCAGCACCGAUUAUGAAUUUUUAGAUAAAUUCAAGCAGGUUUUUGACACAACACUCUUGGCUGAAUUUCAAGAGUCAUCAAUCAAACUUUUUAAAGGAGUGCUAAAAUGGGACUAAAUUAAACAAGAUACCUUUCGAAACAUGAGUGUGUCUUUUGAACAGUGUUAGAAAUUUUAUAAGAUUGCAAAGGUAGUGCACGGAAACAACUUGUAUAACUAGAAUAAACAUAAUAUUACAGCAACUCUCCAAAGCAAGCAGUUUAGGAUCAUCUGCUUCAUCUAAAUACACACAACCAACAUGAAAACAUGAAAGUAGCUCUGUUGGCUUCUGAGAGUCUCAAUUAAGUGUUAAAUAAAUUUUACACAAAUAAAUUAACAAACAAGUGGAUUUCCCCUCGUUAUUUCUGCUGGAAAGCAUGGUUUUAAACCUGUCAAUAUACUUUUGUCACUUGCUUUUUGAAAAUAAGCUUGACAGGGUCCGUGUAUCUUAAUCGGAAGAGUCUACUUUGUACAGAUUUUAACUGUAGCAAAGGGAGAGGAUAAAGAGUAAUGGAAAACAAGUUCUAGGCUUUACACUGAUUAAAACUGAAAAAUACGGAAACAGUGCUGGAAUGAGAAAAUGGAUGUCACCUCAGGGGCCCAGAACUAGUGCUGAGCACACACUCUGCACCAGCCCUAGUGCUUCCUUCAGAAGUUAAGUUAUUUUAUCCAGCUCUUUCUGUUUUCAGUGGUGUGGUGCAGACAUUGGUCACCAUUACCUGAAGUAGGAAAACUGUCCCGACUUUUAAAAGAAUUUGAAAAAGAAUAGAUACAUGUAUAACAGAAUCACUUUGCUGUCCACCUGAAACUAUCACAACACUGGUAAUCAACUCUACUCCAGUAUAUAAUAAAAAGUUAAAGAAAAAAAAAGAAUCCACUUUAUAAUAUAAAAAUAAAAAAAUAAAGAACCAUUUUGUCUCCUGUAUCAAUCACACAGAAACGUCAUAGUUUUGCCGGGGAUGGCUUCUCCUGGAACCUAUGUGUCGGCAUGGAGGCACAGAAUAAUCUAGCCUGAAAGCAGGGCUGACAAGGCAGCUUGGCGUCACUGCCCCAGAUCCCGGCAUCACUCACCAUGGGUACCACUGAUGGACCAACCUUUCUAGGAAUCACAGUUCAAAGCAGACUUUGCCAGUGUGUGGCUGUAUCUCUAAUUUCCACAGCAAACUUAAUAAUCUUCAUUCUAAAAUUUCAUUAUCUGAGAAAGACUUACACCCCACUGAAAGAGAGAAGUAGUAAUUACGGAUAGAAAAGUCCUUGUUACAACAGAGAGCCGGAUGUGGCUCAUAGAUUAAAAAAAAAAAAAAAUUGCCUGUGAACUUUCACGAUGUACUGCACGUCCUAUUAAAAAGCGCUGUUAUUCACCACCUCCCCCUGCAGACAUGUAUCUCACUCUACUGCUUCUCACUACCAGUCAGGACUGUGAGUACAUCCAAAACCCACCAUGAACUUAACUUCUCCUUCCACAUUAAAAAAUAUAGCGAAAAGACCAAACCCUGAAGAAUAAAGUGAGAAAUUAGGGAAAUGCAACAAUGGUGAUUUUCUGGUAUUUGAAGGAUACCAGAAUUUACUGUACCUUGACAUAACUCAGAAGGUAGUGCUUCAAAAUCAAUCUAUUACUAGGAAGUUUCUAACCUUAAAAUUACACUAAAAUUGGAUACUAAAAGGCAUGUUCUAAAAAAAGGUGUCAUUUCAGUGAAACUGGUAAAAGUUUUUGUCAGUGAAAAAGCACCUCCGAAAAUUCUCUCCUCCGUUAAAGUCAUGAGAAAACUGACAAAAAUUCUCAGAAGCAUGUAGCAAUCUUAACCAAAGGCAUGUAGCAAUCUGAAGCAUGUUCACUCAAAACGGCUGAACCUCAGCUAAGACAGCAAUGUGCUUUGUGACGUUUUCAAUGGCCCUGUCCCCAUGCCAUCUCCCGCUCCACAGCAGCCUUGAAAACCAGCAGCCUGGCAAUCCCUGGAGACUGUUCCCCAGAAAACACCACGUGCAAGGCCGUCUUUGACUGGACUCAGAUCUCUCGCAGGCUGAGAAGCCUUUCCCCAGGGGUUUGUCUAGAGGAUUACAGGCAACUGUACAAUUUUGCGGCUGCCUUAGAUGAUGGCUAACCGUUGGGACUAAUUAAAAAGCCUAAAGGGAAAGGCUGGGAAAUGUCCAGAGGGGCUCAGAAAGCUGUCAUAUUCCUGGGUACCAGCCACGCACAUCGCGGGGCUGAAUGCAUCCUCGGGGAGGACCUGGGGAGGACCCAAGCGCUCACCCCUGGCUGACCCUGAGGCUCUGUGCUGCAGGUAGUACUAUCAGA